AGCUGUUGGAGAAGGGAAGACCAAUCAAUUGUAUCACUGCUUUUACGUAUGUCUUCAAUUUUCAAGUUGGUUAUAAAUCAUCUCAUAGGGUUUAGAGAGUUACAGAUAUCAGAGAUAGAGAGAGAUUAUAGAGAGAGAGAGAGUGAGACCAAAAACGUUUUUGCAAUGAGUGAAGCAUCAGCGGUGGAGAUCCCAACUGAGUUGGCGGAGGAGGAGAUAGCGGAGGUCUCGGCAGCAGAGGACCUACCAGUGCCGGUCUCGGCGAAGAAUCAGACAUUAGAGAGUGAGCAUAUUCCUGAUGAGCUGAAAGCUGAAGAGUCAUCUGAGAUUGAAAGUCCCCCUGAGAGGUCCCUUGAAGACAUCUUGGAGGAGCACUCUGCCUCUGCCAGGGGCAGAGUGCAUGGCAGUGACAGCUUCACUGCUAUGAAGUUGAAGCUGGAGGCAAUGAUUUACCCCAGCAUGACGAUUGGGAAUUCUGUCCUGAUGCGUUUUUUAAAUCCGCAUCCUCUCCCAGGGUUGGCCGAGUUUACUGAGUUCCUGGAAGCCUGCACCGCUGUCUUCUCACACUGUGAGAUUGAAGCUGCUGACUUUGUUCAGCUCCACAGUCCAGGAAUUGGUCCCAUUAAAUUUUCCGGUUGAGGAAGAGUGAAGAUCUAGUUGAGAGGGCUUGAGUAUUUUGUGGAAGGGGGAAGAUCAACUUUAAGGUCUAUUUGUUGUUUCAAUGUAAUGACUAUUCCAUUAUGGAACGUAUUUUGUUUGCUUCUUGUUUC